UCAGCAAGUUACAUCCUUGCUGCUUGCAAGGAUUAUGAAAGAGUCAUAAAUGAGCUUGACCUGUGCUGCCAGGAGUUCCUAGCUCUGGCUUUCUGCUGCAUGUACAUGCAGGCCCAUGCACUGCUGUCCAGUGUCCAGACACCCCUCCCCUUGCUGUCGCUGCGUAGGCCCUCCCAGAUCUGAUCUGUCUCACUCAAAUAAGCACAGAAAGCAGGCCUGCUUCUACACGGAGACUUCACAGAGCAGCAGCACAUCUUCACUAAGCAAUUCACAACAUCAGGGUGUUAGGAAAACCCAUAGGUCAGAGGCAGGCUGGGCUGUUCAGCAGAGCAGUGUUACCAGGGGCUGGAUGCUUUUCUCAGUAGCCAUAAACUGAAUGCUUUUAUAUGAUUAUGAAAUCACUUCAUCACUUUGGUACACUUGGAGCAAUCCCUUCCUGGGGUCCCAAAGCUUAAGAGCGUGGUAAGGCAGUGUAGAAAUAAGGGUUUGGUGUUGGAACAGGCAAAGUUCAGUAUCAUAACUGCUUGUUUUGAACUGAAAAUGCAUCUCCAUUCUAUGAGAUAACAAGGAGAUAGUCAAGGAUGGGUUCAAAGGGGAAGGACCCUGAAAAACAAGGGAGAGAGGGAACAUCAGUGAGUCUAGACAAGUCUGGGUAGGUUUCCAAAUCGCUUGGCUUCACUGAACCUUGCUUCUGUUGCAGUAAGAGGGUCUAGUUCUGUGUUCUGUGAAAAUCACAACUUAUUUUAAAGCUAAUCAGACCCUGUUUUUAAGUAAGGUCAUUUAUGGUUUCUCUCUGUGACCGCUCUGAGAUCUGCCAGGACUACAGGACAUCUUCCCAAGCACUUAGUCUGCAUCACUGAGGCAUGUGAACCCCUCCAAGCCACUAGUGCAUUGCUUAUGCUCACAAGAGGCCUGUGAGCUAGGGAGAGCUCUUACCUCCAUUCUGCCCAGAAAGAGCUGAGGAGCAGAGCAGUGAAGAGACUCGCCCAUGGUCCCAUGAUGAGCUGGGGGCAGAGCCAGGUUGAAGGAAAGGCGGUGCUAAUAACGGGCUGCGACAAGGGGUUUGGACAUGCCUUGGCAAAGCAGCUUCAUGCAAAGGGAUUCACUGUUUUUGCUGGAUGUUUGCAGACGGGCGAGAACGGUGCCAGAGAGCUGGAAAGCAUGCAGUCGGAUCGCAUGAAGGUGCUGCAGCUCAAUGUGGGCAGUGACCAGGAGGUGGCUCAAGCCGUUGAGUUUGUGAAGAAGAAACUGAAGGAGCCUGAGAAAGGCCUCUGGGGCGUGGUGAACAACGCGGGCGUGACGACUUUUGGGGACGUGGAGUUCACCCGCCUUGACAAGUACAGAGAGGUGGUGGACAUCAACCUCUGGGGCACGGUCAGGGUGACCCAGGCUUUUCUGCCGCUCAUCCGCAGAGCCCGAGGCCGUGUGGUGAAUGUGUCAAGCAUGUACGGGCGGAUCAGUAGCCCGUCUCGCUCCUGCUACUGCGUUUCCAAGUUUGGGGUGUCCGCCUUCUCCGACUGCCUCCGGCAAGAGAUGUACCGCUGGGGUGUCCGAGUCAUCCUCAUCGAGCCUGGGAACUUCGUGGCUGCUACCGGCAUCCUGACCUGGGACGGCGUGGAAGCCCGGGGAGAGGAGCUGUGGUGUGGGGCCAGCAAGACCGUUCAGGAGGACUAUGGGAAGGCCUACAUCACUCACCAGAUAACCCAGAUGAAGUCCUUUGUGGGCAGUGGCCUGAAGGACAUGUCUCUUGUCCUAAACGCCAUCACGGAUGCUCUCGUUUCAAAGCGCCCUUACAACCGUUACAAUCCCAUGUCGGCCUAUUGGUGGGUAAAGCUACACAUCAUGGUGCACCUUCCCACUGCCAUUGCUGACUGGCUGUACGUCCACUGACCCGCGCUCGCAGCAGGCCUGAAAGCAUCUCCUCGUUGUGUUUAUUCAGAUCCCAGAGCUGAGCAGCGAUAGCUAAAGACAGGCCCCUGAAACCAGGGUCCAGCCCCCUCCCUCUGCCCGGCGCUGCUGCAGAGCCUGAGCCCGUAUCCAUAUCCGUGUGGCGGCAGGCUGACAAAAGCCUGGCUCUGGAUCCCCCCUGCUCCUUGCCCUGUCUUGCUCCCUGCUGCCCCGAGCAGCGUUUGAAGGUAUUUUCCUUUUGGCUGUGGAGGAGAUAGGGGAAGGCUGAUGCAUUGGGCCAAGCCUCUCCCUGGUGUAAUUAGGUUGUGAAGCUCUGCCAGGGAUGAAUUUGGCUCCUAAUGGGAUCUUGUUUUUCCCUUUCCCGGGAGAGCUGGUGGUGGCAGAGCCGUGCUGUUGCCAGGAGACAUUCAAAGAGAGCAGCUAAAACGGGAAACAAAGGCAGCGUUUUUUGAGAGCCCAGAAAUGGGUCAGUGCCAGUUCCCAGCCUUCCCGCGCGCUCACGGCUCUGCAGCCGCCCGCUCUCCUGGUGGACGCAGCAGCACUAACUGACCCAGGGCCGAGCCCGGGAGGAGGUGGCUGGCCCUGCAGGCGCAGCCCGAGUGCACAGCAGCUCUGCUUUCCUCUCACCGGCCAGGGCUGGCUCAGAGGGACGUCUUUUCCUGCCUUGCUCUUAAUGGCUUGCAGCCCACCUCCUGCAGCCCGAAUGGUGCCCUUUACCAGGCAGACUUGAACAAGCUGAAGACAAACAGCUGCUUGGCUCCCAUGCCCGCUACAACAGCGCUGGCACACCAUGCUGGCGCUGUGCUCGGGCACGGGUGCAGUCCAGCCUGUUCCCUGCCCAUGACCUCCAGGGACAGCAGUCAUCCAACCGGGAAUCCUCCCCCAAAACCACUGCCCAGGGCACAGGCAGGGAGCUUGUCAUAUCUGGGCUCUUGAGAUGUGGUGCACGGCUCAUUUGAUGGCCCUGGCAGGGAUCCCCCCGGGAGGCUGUGCUGGGCCAGGCUGCUGUGCAGCGUUUGGUUGCUACCAGGAGGUUCAGAGGCCAUCCAUACAGCCCAGCCCAGAUGGGUAGAGCUGCCUUAGGGCUCACUGAAUGGGCUGGGCUGCUGCGCUGAGACGGUGAAGGGGCUGCUUGUUCAGGGGUCAAGGCAGGGAGAUCACAUGGCACAAAAACUGCCUUAAAUUUGUGCAUUGCUGCCCUGGAGAUUAGGUUGGCUAGGGAUGUCUCAGGGCCUGCUGUUGCUGGGGGCUAAACGACAUGAAGGGCUGUGGCCAGAGCCUCUCUGCUGGUUCUUUUGGAUUCACAAGGGUCCUGGACAGAAGCCAGGGGCCUCUUGCUGUUACUGCUUGAUCCGGACCUCCAGUGAGCAUCUCUGGCCACACGUGCCAAGGCCCUGCUGCUGUCACGGACCGAGCUCAGCCUGGCAGAGAGGGGAUGUGCUGGUGGGUCUCAGUCCAGGUCCUGGUCAAACAGUGUCCCAAAACAAAUAGCCCUGCAUUCCUGGCAUGAACUGGCCCUCUUGUUGGACAGGGAGCCGCAUUCGUCCUUCCUGAAUUAGCCUCUCAGCUGGGCUUACCCACCUGUAUGUCCUGAGCACUAUUGCUGCGUAACACUGCCCCUGCUUGCAGAGUCUGAAUACAAAGCUCUGGGUGGAUGCUUUCAGUGACGCUCUUUGUUUCUUCUUGUAUUAAUAUUUCACAAUGAAAUUACAAAUUAAUAUAACACCCUCCCCUCAGAAACCUUCCUAAUAAUGCUGUGCAGUUGAUGGGAGUACACAAUGUGUACUUGGGUCUCCUGUCCAAAUCAGGCAGGUUUACUUUUUAACUAGUAGUGGACUUCUCAGUAUCUCACUGCACAUGCCUUUUUCCAAGGAGAGCUGCCAGGAAGACAGUAGGGAGGGUCCUGGCACUGCUGGUCAGGCCGGGUUGAUAGUCCGCUGGCAGCACAGGUGGGCACGUCUCCCUUUCUGGGCUAAACUUCGUUCCAUGCCAGGCCAAGGUGAGAUAAAAGUUAACUGCAAGCCAGUCUGCCCUUGCUGCUGCCUGUGCCCUUGUGUGCCAGGAGCAGCUGGGAAACCUGGUCAGUAUUUUGUACGCCUUGGCUCUACCUGUGGGUGGGCUCUGGAUGGAGCUGGCCUCCUGUCUGAUGUCGGGUAAUGCUUCCAGCAGAAAAGGAGUCUUCACACGGAGAUUACGUGAUGAUGGCAUGUGUCAUAGCAGGCCAGGAAGUGCUGGGCUGUGCAGCUGUUUUCCUGCUGCUCGGCACAAGUGCAGGACGCCUGUUGUUGUGAAAGACAAGAGUCCUUGUAUUAAACAGCAGCACCCCUGGGCCACCCUGUGACACCAUCCUGAGUAUGAUUCUUGUCACCUGCACUUGGGAAGUCUGGGAAUAUGAAGCACCUCCUGAUUUACACAGAAGAGCAAAUAAACACUGAGAUUUGCAGAGAG